AUGACGCGUGGCAAUCAACGCGAACUUGCCAGAGAAAAGAAUUCGAAAAAUCACAAAAACAAAGCAAACUCAGUGUCCGAAACUGAAGCUAAUAAAGGUUUAUCAUUACAAGAACGUCAACUACGAGAUGCAAUGAGAAUGCGUGAGAAACAACAAUUAGCUGAACAAAAAAAAGCAGCUGGCAAUAAUAAUGCAUCAGGUGGAGGUGGAGCGGCUGCGUCAGCUAAUUGA